GACUCACUUCGGAUAUUUCCGCGGUCCUUCGGGCCUUUCCGUCUAGCUCUCGCUUAGAGCGCUCCAUUUCGGGUUUUUCCGUCACCCGCUCGGAGGUAUUCGGCUAUCGCUCGGCCUCCCCAUCCCCCGGUAACGGUCGCUGGUGAGUUUAAAUGAGCCGGGGCUGGCCGAGCCGAAGCCGCUACGGUGGGAGUGCCUGAGGCACUGCAGAAAGUGGGCCUGAGCCGCUAGGAUGACCGUGCUGCAGGAACCCGUGCAGGCUGCUAUAUGGCAAGCACUAAACCACUAUGCUUACCGAGAUGCAGUUUUUCUCGCAGAACGACUGUAUGCAGAAGUGCACUCAGAAGAAGCCUUGUUUUUGCUGGCAACCUGUUAUUACCGCUCAGGAAAGGCAUAUAAAGCAUACAGACUCUUAAAAGGACAUAGUUGUACCACACCACAAUGUAAAUACCUGCUUGCAAAGUGUUGUGUUGACCUCAGCAAGCUUGCAGAAGGGGAACAGAUCCUGUCUGGUGGAGUGUUUAAUAAGCAGAAAAGCCAUGAUGAUAUUGUUACUGAGUUUGGUGAUUCAGCUUGCUUUACCCUUUCAUUGUUGGGACAUGUAUAUUGCAAGACAGAUCGGCUUGCCAAAGGAUCAGAAUGUUACCAAAAGAGCCUUAGUUUAAAUCCUUUCCUCUGGUCUCCCUUUGAAUCCUUAUGUGAAAUAGGUGAAAAACCAGAUCCUGAUCAAACAUUUAAAUUAACAUCUAUUCAGAACUUCAGCAACUGUCUACCCAACUCGUGUACAACACUAGUAUCUAAUCAUAGUUUAUCUCAUAGACAGCCUGAGACAGUUCUUACUGAAACACCCCAGGACACAAUUGAAUUAAACAGACUGAAUUUAGAAUCUUCCAACUCAAAGUACUCCUUGAAUACAGAUUCCUCAGUGUCUUACAUUGAUUCAACUGUAAUUUCACCAGAUGCUGUCCCUCUUGGAACAGGCACUUCUAUAUUAUCUAAACAGGUUCAAAAUAAACCAAAAACUGGUCGAAGUUUAUUAGGAGGACCAACUGCUCUUAGCCCACUAACCCCAAGUUUUGGGAUUUUGCCAUUAGAAACCCCAAGUCCUGGAGAUGGAUCCUAUUUACAAAACUACACUAAUACACCUUCUGUAAUUGAUGUGCCAUCUACCGGAGCACCUACAAAAAAGUCUGUUGCCAGAAUGGGCCAAACUGGAACAAAGUCUGUCUUCUCACAGAGUGGAAAUAGUCGAGAGGUCACUCCAAUUCUUGUUGCACAAACACAAAGUUCUGGCCCACAAACAAGUACAACACCUCAGGUAUUGAGCCCCACUAUUACAUCUCCCCCAAAUGCACUGCCUCGAAGAAGUUCACGACUUUUUACUAGUGACAGCUCUACAACCAAGGAAAAUAGCAAAAAAUUAAAAAUGAAGUUUCCACCUAAAAUCCCAAACAGAAAAACAAAAAGUAAAACUAGUAAAGGAGGAAUAACUCAACCUAACAUAAAUGAUAGCCUGGAAAUUACAAAAUUGGACUCUUCUAUCAUAUCAGAAGGGAAAAUAUCCACAAUCACACCUCAGAUCCAGGCUUUUAAUCUACAAAAGGCAGCAGCAGAAGGUUUGAUGAGCCUUCUUCGUGAAAUGGGGAAAGGUUAUUUAGCUUUGUGUUCAUACAACUGCAAAGAAGCUAUAAAUAUUUUGAGCCACCUACCUUCUCACCACUACAAUACUGGUUGGGUACUGUGCCAAAUUGGAAGGGCUUAUUUUGAACUUUCAGAAUACAUGCAAGCUGAAAGAAUAUUCUCAGAAGUUAGAAGGAUUGAAAAUUACAGAGUUGAAGGCAUGGAGAUCUACUCUACAACACUCUGGCAUCUUCAAAAAGAUGUUGCUCUUUCAGUUCUUUCAAAAGAUUUAACAGACAUGGAUAAAAAUUCACCAGAGGCCUGGUGUGCUGCGGGGAACUGUUUCAGUUUACAACGUGAACAUGAUAUUGCAAUUAAGUUUUUCCAGAGAGCUAUCCAGGUUGAUCCAAAUUAUGCUUAUGCCUAUACUCUACUAGGGCAUGAGUUUGUAUUAACUGAAGAACUAGACAAAGCAUUAGCAUGUUUCCGAAAUGCUAUCAGAGUGAAUCCUAGACAUUACAAUGCAUGGUAUGGUUUAGGAAUGAUUUAUUACAAGCAAGAAAAAUUUAGCCUUGCUGAAAUGCAUUUCCAGAAAGCACUUGAUAUCAACCCUCAAAGUUCCGUUUUACUUUGCCACAUUGGAGUAGUUCAACAUGCACUAAAAAAAUCUGAGAAGGCUUUGGAUACCCUAAACAAAGCCAUUGUUAUUGAUCCCAAGAACCCUUUAUGCAAAUUUCACAGAGCCUCUGUUUUAUUUGCAAAUGAAAAAUAUAAGUCUGCUUUACAAGAACUUGAAGAAUUGAAACAAAUUGUUCCCAAAGAGUCCCUCGUUUACUUCUUAAUAGGAAAGGUUUACAAGAAGUUAGGUCAGACACACCUUGCCCUGAUGAAUUUCUCUUGGGCUAUGGAUUUAGAUCCUAAAGGAGCCAAUAACCAGAUUAAAGAGGCAAUUGAUAAGCGCUAUCUUCCAGAUGAUGAGGAGCCAAUAACUCAAGAAGAGCAGAUCAUGGGAACAGAUGAAUCCCAGGAGAGCAGCAUGACAGAUGCAGAUGACACACAACUUCAUGCAGCAGAAAGUGAUGAAUUUUAACUUCUGGAAAUCAUUUGCAACCAGAUGCGUGACUAGUGCUGACAUGUUUCUUGUCCCUCCAUAUACUGAGUCUUCACUCUUGAGCCGGCAGUGUCAUCAUCUAUCACUUAUACCAUGAGUGUGCCACUUUCAUUGGACCCUGACUGUACACAGAAUGAAAGGCAGUGCAAUAUUUAGCUGCUAAAAAGACUGGCUCUUUUACCAGUAUGAAUGACAAUUUUGGGGAGUAGGGUGGGGGACUUUUCUGUUUUUCUUUAAUCUCCCUUAGUUGGAAAGCUAUCAUGGAAGGAAAAGUUAUGUUUUAUCUUGAAGGAACCAUUAGAUAUGGAAAAUAGUGAUGAACUAGAAUUUCUUGGCCAUUUUCCAAAAAUUUUUUUAUUUGGUUCUGUUCCUGAUAAACAAACUGACCUUCAUUUCUAGGUUCUUCAAGAAUGGUGUUAGCAAGUGCCAGAUGGAACAAUAAAAGACAUUGCCUAUAACAGUAACUUGAUUGCCAAGGAAUGUAAAUUACCUUAAAGUUGCAGUGUCUCAAAUGUAAUGGGCAUAUUGGGACUUGUAUGUAGGAAUCAAAUAUCCCUCCAUACAGUGUACACUUAUUCUUGGCAAGAAUGCUUUAAAUGUAACCAAGAAUUUUAAUUUAUUCACCUUGCUUCAAAGUGUUGAUCAUUGUUGUCAUGGUAUUGCAAACUUAAAAUUUGUCGUUACCAUAUUGCCUCUUCUCUUUGAGCUCUUUGGGAUCACCUUUAACAUUCAUAGAUGAGAGUGGUUCCUUACUGAAAAGCCAAAACAAGGCCCUUAAUGACCACUUAAAUUCACCAUGAGAAUCAGUAUGAGAACACUAUAGAGAGACUUUAAGAGAUCAUGAUAGCAAAAGCCUUAAUACAAUCAAAAUUGUACCAUAAUCUUGAAUCUACAUUUGUUCAAGACAGUAUCCCUUUGAUUUCUAAGUGUAUAAGUAGAGUGCUGGAAUGUAUGGUUAUCUUUCUUGAGGUUAAUUCCAUUCUUUCUAGCUCUCUGCUUCCAAUUAUUUUCAGCAAUGUGAGUCAUCAAAACUAAUAUUGAUACUAAUUUAAUUUAGGAUAUCAGAAAUUUUUAGCCUUGGGGAAAAUAUUCUUGUAAAGGAGACAAGUUUUCUCCUGAGUUCAUCAUAAAAUAAGGUGAUGUUUUGGGAAUGGCCACAAUUUUAAAGAUCUAAUUAUGCAUAUGAAAUGAGAAUUAUUGGAAUUUCACAGUAACAGAUUUAAACAGUCUUAAAUUGUGUACCUCCUUUAUUGUAAUGUAUUGAAAUUUUUAGAAAAACUUUAGUUAAUGUUUUAUUAAGUGCCAAUGUCAGAAUAUAGCAAAUUUUAGUUUCUUACAAAUAACAACAGGCCUACAGUUAUUAUUUUGGAUUAUUUGAUGGAUAAACUUACCUACGUACUGGUUACCUGUAUUUGUUAGUCAAGCUGUGAAAAUAAGGUGGGUUACAAAAGAUGUAAAAAAAAAUUUAGCUUGUAGACCUGGUAAUUUUCUGUCAUUUAUUUUUAAUCUCAUCCAGAAAUGGAUUAGAUAAGUCAAGUCAAAGUCUUGAGUUAAAGUAUUAACUGCCAGAGAUGCAUCUAACAAAAUUUCUUACCGAGGUCUAUGUAUGUGUGCUAUCUAAAAAAUAAUCUAUAAGGAAAAAUAAACAUUGGGAAUAAACGAGUGUCAUUAAAAAUUCCCAAAGGUUAGCACUUAGAUUCUAAGAAAUAUUUCAUGUUAUCAUCCAUUAGCUUUGCAAUGUUUAAUUUUAUAUUCUUUUAUUCUUUAAUAGGUAAGUCACAAGCCAGUAAUAUAUAUCAGAUAAACAGUUUCAUAGAAAGCUUCACCCUGAGUUCUGUGUUAUAUGGCCUACAGAAAGCUGAGUUCAGAACAUAAUUUGCUGAAGUGUAAUUUAUCUUUUCGUAGUAGGAAUUUAUGUCCUGUGCCAGAGAGACUUUCUGGUACUGAUUUUGAGACCAAUAAUAAAAGGAUAGUUGUGGAAGGCACACCAUGGCAGUAGCUGGCUAAGGGACACUUUCAGCCCACACUUGGCCUGGUUUCAUUUUUUCUCAUACCUGCUUUUAAAGUCAUUUAGGCAUUUGAAACUUUAUGUCUCACCUAGUAAUGUAAGCUUUCUUGCUCUAUUUUUUUCUUUCCCUUUUGUUUUUAAUUAUUACUAUUAUUAUUUGCAUGAAAUAGUGAUCAAAC